UAACACUUUUCAUACUGAGCAUUAUAAUUCGAGUACGAUGGAAAACGUACGGCAGGGCUUUUGUGGACUUUUUCUUGCUGGUGCCCAGAUUUGCGUUAACGACCUCCAUUUUAAUUUUGAUCAUAGCUAUGCUUGGUUUUUAUGGAGUAAAGUCACAAAAAUAUAAAUUUGCUCUUGGGUAUACCGUGUUGCUAGUACCAAUAUUAGCGUUUGAAAUAGCAUUUACCGUGUACGCAUUCCUUUAUAUUGAUGGUGCUAGCUCUUUAAUAAAAAACCUCAUGUACAUACUCUAUCCGAGAAAUCCAGGACUUUCAACAACUGCUUGGGACAAUAUGCACAGGGAGUUACAGUGUUGUGGCUUGCAAAGAAACUGGGACAACAAUGCAACUGCCCUGCCUAUUAGCUGCUGCCCUAUUCCUUCCGGAGCGAUUUCUCCCUUUGAAUGCACAUCUCAAAAUUCGCACAGAUCUCGGUGCGAUAUUGUAAUUUCUUCGGGUGUCACUAAUGAUUUGUAUACUUUUUUUUGUGUGGGCGCAGUCAUCGCUUCCCUUCAGAUUAUAAUUAUAGGCCUGUCUGCUUGGAUGACCCACAGAUUAAAACAUAAACCUUCCAAUGCUAACAGGGACUCGCAAAAGAUUGUAGCACCGACACGAGUGGUGACUGACUAUUCAAAAUAUUAAAGAUUUGAAAAUAAUAUUCGGGUUUGGUCUAUAAUAAAAAGCUUUCACUUUUUCUAUUGUCUUUU